GAUGGCGUCGCUCGCAGCUCAAUGGCCGCACGCCUUCAUGCGGACGGCGCAAGGCGUGACUCUGCACUACGUGGAUGUGGGUCCUCGUGACGCGUUGCCCGUUGUGCUGGUGCACGGUUGGCCCGACCUCUGGUUCGGGUGGCGGCACCAAAUUCAAGCACUGCAGUCCUCGUACCGCCUCAUUGUCCCCGACCUUCGGGGCUUCGGCCAGAGCUCCACGCCGCAGAACGUCGAGUCUUAUGGCGCCAAGAACGUCACCAACGACUUGGCCGCAUUACUUGACGGACUGAACAUCGAGAAGGCUGUGUUCCUCGGCCAUGACUGGGGUGGAUCAAUGGUCUGGCGCAUGUGUCUCUACCACCCGAAGCGCGUGAUCGCAGUGGGCGCUGUCUGCACGGCGUACACGCCGCCAGCCAAGCACUUGCUGCCGCUGGACGUCGUGGUGGCCAAGGUCCCGUACUUUGCGUACCAAAAGCUGCUGGCGGACGCGGAGAACACGGGCAAGAUGCUGGACGCAGCUCCGCGUCGCUUCCUCACCGCAGUCUUCCGCAAGCAUUCGGAGAUGAGCCCCACCCUGGAGAAUGACACGACCCCGAUCAUUGGCACGCUACGCGGCGUGCCGAGCUCCACCGACCCGAUCUUCACGCAGCGCUCGGCGAUGCUGUCGGAGGAGGAGCUGCAAUUCUACGUGAAUCAGUACAAGCACUCGAAGUUCCAGAGCACGUGCCAGUACUACGCGACCCGUGAGAUCGACUUCAAGAACGAGCAAGGCAUGUCCUCGAUCAUAACGCACCCCGCGCUGUUCAUCGCGGCGGCGAAUGAUCACGUGCUCAAGCCGGAGCUAGCUCGCAAAAUGCACCGCUUCCUGCCCAACCUCGAGACGCACGUGGUGGAUGACGCCGGCCACUGGGUCCUGUGGGAGCAGAAGGAGCGCGUCAACUCUCUUCUGAAAGCGUGGCUCGCGAAGCUACCGGCACCAGGAGCUGACCGCAGCAAGCUGUAA